AGGGGAGUGAAUAAAGCAGCUUAUUAUCACGUGAGCAAUAAAUAAAAGAUGGUGCGCUUGCAGUUCCUUGCACUCCGACCAGCACCCAUACAAGCUACGCUUCCUGGGCACUAAAUGCAAAAAAUGCCCAAGUCUCGGGAGAAGAAGGCCUUAACAUAUCGUAGGCUACCCGACGAGAUUCUGAAUAUCAUCUUUCAUUAUCUACAACCGGCAUAUGCUCUCCAAGAAGGUGACGGCUACAGCACACCCUGGUCCGAAGGCCGUUGCGACGGCCCCAAUGAAGUGUGGGGGCCGUUAUAUGCGGAGGCAGGUCAAGAUCACGCCACUGUCAAGCACGACUGGAUUCGCACCAUCCGUGACGAAAAGAAGUAUCACCCGACGGUCGUGGUGAAUCGGAUUCCAGCGAGGAGACACCGUCGGCCGGCGAUACUGGAUGUUGGAGCCGUUUGCAGAGAUUGGAGAAGGGCCUCAUUGGAGCAUACGUUUUGGAAGGAUUUGGCAUGGCACCGGCUUUUGGAUUUCCGGCCUCCGCCAUUCAGUCGAGACGAGGCAUCCGAAACAGCAGUGAAUAAGUUUUUCCUUACACUGUCGGAAGAACCCGCACGCAUGGCUCGAGUGCGAUCCAUAUGGCUCGAUCUGCCAAACUGGCGCCGUGGCGUUGGGGUGGAGACGCUUCUAAGGGUCUUAAGCCGCAUCCCGCACCCAGACCUGGUGCACACUCUUGUGCUGGAAGCCGAAUGGAAUGUCCUGUCCAACAUCGCGUUGCAGGACUUCAUCGCUCGGAAGCUGCGAGGCUUGAAACGGAUAUUCAUUGGGGGCGUAUCAUCCCUGAUGAUAUACUCCGGCUUUCGGCCGAGGAUGCUCAAACUAUGGGCUAGCAACUGGGUCCCUGCCAGCUUGACUCAUUUCGGUAUCCGUGGAAAUCAUAGGAACGACUCAGACACUUGGCGGAAACAGCUGUCUGCACUUCUUGCGAGACAAACGAACAUCCGUCAUCUUUCAGUCGACCACCAUAUAGGAGAGACAAUGCCCGCCGGGCCUCCCAUGCUAUCCCUGUUACCACACCUCACGAGUCUGUGCGUUGUGCUGGAAGUGGAUGCUGCAAGCGAGGUCCUUGGCCUCUCCUCCUGCUCGACUCUCAAAACCCUGCAUUUCCGGACCAAACGAUGGACAACGGGUUUGACCGUCAUACACGAGCUUGCUGAAUCCCCGGCGUUGAAAGAGGAGGGUGGCCUCCGGGAUCUGCGCAUUACGCUUAUGUCUAUGUCUGAGAUGCUGUGGAAAGCUUGGCAGGAUGUAUUCGCGGAACUCCGUGGCCUGAAAGCAUUGCGGACUUCGAGGCCGACUGACUUGGAUAUGGGGAACUCCUCGCCAUCAAGUUUCAGUGUCUCAACGAUUCAACAGCGGGAUGAUAGCCGGUCCGCGAUGGAGAAUGUGGUCCAAUUCUUCAAACCGUGAUGGAAGUAGCUCAAAGGUGUAAAUAUCGUCAUGCUCGAAUCAGUAGUUCGAAGGUCUAUAGAGUUCUAUGGAGUACCUUGCCUGUAUAGAGAGUAGGAUCUACACACUGAUAUAGAAUAUCCUCAGUGGCGCCGUGAUAGCUCCUCAUUGGAGAAUCUGAAUCAAUGAGUGCGUCGGCCUGCUGCCAACAUACGCUGAAUCGCACGG